AACAAAAAGUAAAUAAAAGAGAAAAAAAAAGAAAUUGUUCUAAAAAAAAAAAAAAGAGAACCCUACUGCAGAAAUCGUAAUGUACGGCAAUAUAAGUGGUGACUUAAAACCCUAAACCCUUCUCUCUCUCUCUCCCAAUAACGCAGCAGCCCAAAAAUACUUAGGUAAAAGAAAUUUAGGGUUUUCUUGAGUUAGUUUCUAUUUUCCUCACUGUUCAUCUGCUCGUUCCUGUGAUUUUGCUUUGCAAUUCUUUUUCUUGGUGGUCUUGUUUUUUGGGGGAAAGGUUGAGAAAUGCUUGUGUUGUUCGAGACUCCCGCGGGCUUUGCCCUUUUCAAAGUAUUGGAUGAAGGGAAGCUAAACAAAGUUGAGGACUUGUCAAAAGAAUUCUUGGCUGCAGAUUCAGCAAGAAAGGUUGUCUCGUUGCAAGCCUUUUCCAAGUUCGAAAACACAGCAGAAGCAUUGGAAGCAGCAACGAAACUACUUGAAAGCACGCCCAGCAAAGGUUUGCGCAAGUUCUUGCGUGCUCAUUGUGAUGGUGAAACACUAGGAGUGGCUGAUUCAAAACUUGGAAAUGCAAUUAAGGAAAAACUGAAAAUUGAUUGUGUUCACAAUAAUGCUGUUAUGGAGCUGCUUAGAGGGGUGAGAACUCAAUUGACAGAACUCAUCUCUGGUCUAGGUGCACAAGAUUUGGCUCCUAUGAGUCUUGGUUUGUCUCAUAGUCUCUCUAGAUACAAGCUGAAGUUCAGCGCCGAUAAGGUUGAUACUAUGAUUGUUCAAGCGAUUGGGUUGCUUGAUGAUCUUGAUAAAGAGCUCAACACGUAUGCAAUGAGGAUUCGUGAAUGGUAUGGUUGGCAUUUUCCAGAGCUUACUAAGAUUAUACAAGACAAUAUACAAUAUGCCAAGGCAGUGAAGCUAAUGGGUGACCGUGCUAAUGCUGCAAAGCUUGACUUAUCAGAGAUAUUACCGGAAGAGGUUGAAACUGAAGUGAAGGAGGCAGCAGUUAUAUCCAUGGGAACUGAAAUUAAUGACCUUGAUCUUAUUAAUAUCAAAGAACUAUGUGAUCAAGUUCUAAAUCUUGCUGAAUACAGAGCACAACUGUAUGAUUAUUUGAAGAGCAGGAUGAACACUGUUGCACCAAACUUGACUGCUCUUGUCGGUGAACUUGUUGGUGCUCGCCUUAUUGCUCACGGUGGCAGUUUGUUGAAUCUUGCAAAGCAACCUGGAAGUACUGUUCAGAUUCUUGGUGCUGAAAAGGCUCUCUUCAGAGCUCUUAAGACUAAACAUUCUACUCCGAAAUACGGGCUUAUCUACCAUGCUUCCUUGGUUGGUCAGGCAGCACCUAAGCACAAGGGGAAGAUUUCCAGGUCACUUGCUGCGAAGGCUGCACUGGCAAUUCGAUGUGAUGCUCUUGGAGAUGACCAAGAUAAUUCCAUGGGACUUGAGAACCGAGCCAAGCUUGAAGCAAGAUUAAGGGCACUUGAAGGCAAAGAAUUGGGACGUUCUGCUGGUUCAGCUAAAGGCAAGCCGAAGAUAGAAGUCUAUGACAAGGACCGGAAGAAGGGGGCUGGGUUGAUAACUCCUGCUAAGACCUACAACCCUGCAGCAGAUUCACUUAUUGGGCAAAUAACAAACUCCACUGCUCUCGAGGAGCAAGACACGGUCCCAAAGAAGAAGAAAAAGGCUGAGGCCAAACCUGCUCUGGUAGAGGAAGCAGUGGAUGUGCCUGCCCAUGAAGAGAAGAAAGAGAAGAAGAAAAAGCAAAAGAAAGCUGAUCGGGAGGCAGUUUUACCAACAAAUGAAAAUGAACCCGAAGAAGAGCCUGCGCCAAAGGAAAAGGAAAAGAAGAAAAAAAAGAAACGUCAGGCUGAGGAUGAUGGGGAGAAUGUUGAAGUAGAAGAAAAGAAAAAGAAGAAGAGAAAGCAUGCAGAAGAAGAAGAACCUGAAGUGCAGACCAAGAAAGAGAAAAAGAAGAAGAAGAAGAAAAGUGAGGAUUGAGGUGGGGAAAAUCAAUAAAGUUUGUGGUGAUUGGCUGCCUAACAAGUUUUGGGUAAUAUAGGGUUUUAGACACUUGUGCUUGUAAAAUGCGGUAUUUUUUGAGAUGUUGAUUAUCUUGUAGUCUUCAUUAAACCUAAUUUAAAUGUAUUUUCAGCUUCUUUAUGGAUACAAUUGCAAGGAAAUAUCAACUUUUCUUUUUAAUUUAAGUUCAUUUUCUUAAA